AUGUCCAUGUACCUUACGUUACUGUUCCUGGUCCUUAUCCUGGAGAUGUCGGUGCUCUUUGUGCUAGUGCUCCCGCUGCCCUUCCGCAUACGCAGGCUGUUCGUGCGCUCCUAUGAUAAACUGCAGGAGCUCGGGCAGCUGCGUACGGUAGGGGUGAUACUAUAUGGGCUCGUCGGUAUGCUGUUCUUAGACUCGUGGUGGCGCGCGCAGCGCGCCACCCAGCGGUUUUCCGAGGGCGCCACGCAGGAUCCGCUAAACACUGGGCUACAGACUUUCGCUACUAAGGCGUACAACGAGCGCAACCUCUACAUCUCAGGCUUCAUCCUGUACUUCAGCAUUUGCAUCCCCACGGUUAUUAAUAUCCUCAAGAGCUUGAUACGCCAAUACGAGCUCGGCGCUGCGGCGGCGGGGGACGACACCGAGGAGGUGAAGCUGCUAAGGCAAGAGCUCAAGGGCAAACAGGCGUCGCUCACCGCUCUGCGCGCUCAGAAGAAGAACCUUGAGACCCACUUCGAUAGUAGCACGGAGAGCGGCCCUCAGGACACCGCAGCCAAGAAGGCACAAUAG